AGAGCAAAUAAGAAACUGAAGGGGGGAGUCUGUAAUAUUAACAGCAAUGAAUUGUUUAAUAAAUUUUUCUCUAUCCUCGAAAUUUCUUCCUUGACAAGGAGGUCGACUUUUGAGAAGAUCUCGGUCAUUAAGCAUGUUUUAGGUCUCCAAGCCAAGGAAGGACAAAUCUACAUAUGCCAUCAGUUGCAUCCCUAAAAUCUGGUACUACUUCAGAUAGAAACCAUUCCUAUAUGUACUCAUUCUUCAUACACCAAAAGAAUUUUAUUCCCUACAAACUGGCCGUGUAAGGGGUACCACUUUCUUAGGAGAUGUCGACGUGUUAUACACCUGCGAUACAUCCUUGAUGCUACGGAGGAGCUGUUCCUUUAGUCGAAUAAGAGAAGAAAGAUGGCGCUUUUGCAAGAAGAAAAUUGGAGCAAAAUUGACGAUAAAUUUGAUACAGGAAAGUGCGAUUUGAUGUGCCCUAAGCAUAAGACAAAUGGCUCAAAAGGAUGGCUUGUUCAUGUCAUUGAUGGUUUUGUUAUCGAAGAAAGCAGCGUACCAUUCCAGGUUGAUGGCUCAGAAGAGAACAAUGAUCCAAACUCAAUGGAAAUCCCCAAAGAUACACAUAUUGUUUACAAUGGGGAGAUUGAAGACCAAGAUGCUGACUCAAAAGAUGCAGCACAACAAGUUGAUGAACCUUAUAUCCCAGAGCUUCCUACGAACUGUAAGCUGUGUGGCGGACCACUUCCCGAGGAGAGAGCAUUUUGGGGCAAACGUUUUUGCAGCAAAUCUUGUGGGAAACGGUAUAAUGCUAAUCACCCGUUGAGAGCUAGAAGGGGAUUUGGAAAGCGUGGUAGCAGUACAGGCCGUGGUAGAGGAAGAGGCUUUUCAAAGCUCAGGACACCAAAGGAGGAGUCUGGAGCAGAAACAUUUGAUAACAGUCAGCUAUCCAACCCAAGCACACCAAAUGUUCCAGAUCAAAGUCCAGCAUUCCGUUUCGAUGAUAUAACCACGUGGCCUUAUGAAAUAGAAGGUUUAGAUCAGCAUGAUUUAGAGGAAGAUCUUUUCGAUGGGGUAGAGCCGCUUUUAAAGUACACAUGUGUUCCGGCUGUUUUGUGGUCAUCUGAAGACGUUGUUAGUUUUAUUAGAGAAAUUCCUGGUUGUCAGCAAUACGCCGACCGAUUUCUAGAAGAAGAGAUCGACGGUCAAGCAUUAAUGCUAAUAAAAGAAGAACAUAUGGUCCAGACAAUGGGGAUAAAACUCGGACCAGCGCUAAAAAUAUCGGCACAUUUAAGAUCCUUUAAAUCGCAGUAUGGAGUUAGAUAUUACACAAAAUAUUUAGCUUCUCCAGUUUAGAUUAUAGAAGAGGUGUUUUUUGUAAAUAUUUAUGGGAUAGAAUUAUUUAAAUUUAAAGGCUCAGUUUUUAUGAAUAAAUCAUUUA